CCAUUUGAGUGUUUUCAAGUAUAUAAACCAAUUGCUGAUUCCAGAUUAGGCAUAUUUCACAACAUCUUCUCAAGCAAAUCACAUCACUAUCAAAAUGAAAUUCUUCGUUGCCGUAUUCGCCUUGAUCGCCGUAGUGGCCGCCCAGGAGCUGUAUACCAGCAAGUUCGACAACAUCGAUGUGGACGAAAUCCUCAAAUCGGACCGGCUAUUCAAGAACUACUACCAGUGCCUGAUGGAUGAGGGCCGCUGCACACCGGAAGGAAACGAACUGAAGAAAAUCUUGCCGGAAGCUCUCGAGACGAACUGCGCCAAGUGCAGCGAAAAGCAACGAGAUGGAGCCAUCAGGGCUUUCGGUUAUCUGAGCGAAAACCGCCCAACCGAAUGGAAGACCCUGCGGGAUCGGUACGAUCCCGAGGGUAAAUACAUCGAGCAGUACCGUGCCGAAGCCGAGCAGAACGGAAUCAAAUUCUGAAGAACUGAUUAGUUAACCAUCUAUUUCAAUCCACAUAUGUGUUCUUCGGUCUUAAACACAAACACACAAAUAAUAAUAUACGAUCUGUGAUUUAUUCAGUACAUCCCAACCAAAAUCCGUAAUAAAAACAUUAAAAAUAAUAAUGGGAGCAAAAAUUAUUUUAUAAUCAAUCAUUCACCAGAAGUACUGAAGCAUGACUUUGUUCCACUCGUCAGUACACAAAUCGGACACUGAGAAAUGAUUUACAACUGGAUAAGAAACCGACAUAGAAGAAACGCACAAAACUAAUUCACCUUUGCAGCAAUGAUAACUUGUUCGCAUUUGUAAUUUGUAAAUAUUAAUAAAAUAUCUUUUUCAUAAUCGAUUUACAGAAAAGAUUUCAAAUGUCCGAGAUGAUAGUUUUUAUCGUUAUUAAAUUUCACUGCUCUACACAGGAAAAAAGUAAUUAAAAUUAAAUGACAUGCGAAAUAUUAAAUAAUAUAUAAAUAGUCCACAUUUGAUGAGAUCACAAAUGUCAUGUA